AUGGCGCGUCCGAUGCUUCCGAUCACAAACCCGCACGGAGGCGAUGCUCGAUCGUCGUCUUCCGCGCUGGACCAGUGGACGAAGCGGUUCCAGGAAGCCGAGCGGCUGGUGGACGACGUCGUCGAGCGGAUCGCCGAGAGGGACUCCGUGCCGCCGUCGCUGCCGCGAAAGCUGCAGCGCCGGACAGCCGAGAUCCGCCGCAAGGUCACCAUUCUCGGGACCAGGCUCGACAUGCUGCAGGAGGACCUGUCCGAUCUCCCAAAGAAGCAAAACAUAAGCUUGAAACAGCUGAACAAGCUAGCCGAGAAGCUCUCCGGUCUGAGCUCCAAGGCGAAGGAGGUUGGCGGUCAGUUCACGAUGAAUCACUCAUCGGACGGGAAUGACUUGUGUGGAUCGAGCGAGAAGAGCACAAAGAUAGAUGUGAACAGCAUUGCCGACAUGGACAACCGAGACAUGGUCAACUUGCAGAGGAAGGUCAUGAAAGAGCAAGAUUCUCAACUGGAGAUUCUGGAGGAGACCGUUGUCAGCACGAAGCACAUUGCGUUAGCGAUCAACGAGGAGCUGGAUCUGCAAACUAGGCUGAUUGACGACUUGGACGAGAGCGUUGAAGACACAAGCACCCAAUUACAGCGUGCCGUGAGGAGGCUGAAAAAACUGAGCACGCGCAUGAGGAAAGACGGUUCUUGUUGGGGCAUAGUCUUGGCGGUCAUUGCCGCUGUAAUCUGUGUUGCCGUAGUCUGGGCUCUGAUAACAACCUAGUAACACUGACGGCCAAGAGACCUUAAAAUAAGUUUCAGUAACUGAACUUUUCUUUCAAGGAUGCUCAAACAUUACCGACCGAGAUCUAUGUCUCUAUUCAUGUAUUCUAGUAUGUAUAUGAUGUGCACAUAUACCGGGGGCGCCUGCGUACCUGAGAAUCCUCUGAAUAAU